AGGGUUGACUACAGAUUGGCGAUGAUGGGAUCUCCUCAAGACUUCCUUUCUACCCGUUCUUUUUAUUAUAACAAUGUCUCCCCCUCUUUCUCUGGUUCCAUGCCGACCCUCACCACGUGCAUGUUUCUUCAUAACUUCACUUCAACUCUCUUCCUCACGCGUAAUAUCUUUCUUUUUGUCUGUAUAUAAAGAGAACCUACGGAUCUUCAUAUUCCCAAUCCUACCUUCUUCCUCUUCUGCCGUGGGUGAGAUUCGAGCCGAUCCCACUUAUUUUCUUUCAAGUCAUCUGGGCUGACUGUUUAUCUGGGAUGCCGCUUUUCAUGGCGGAUUGAUCAUUGAAUCACAUCUGUCACGUUACUCCUCACCAUAUUCUUUUACACGUAUAUAUUGAGUCGUUUCGCUUACGAGUCCAGUACAGAUUGAUUAUUGGAGCAGCAAGCUUGUAAUUAAGAGAGAGAGAGAGAGAGAGAAGAGGGACGGAGCAGAGGAGAUGGAGAAGUAUGAAGUGGUGAAGCAUUUAGGAGCGGGCAACUUCGGGGUGGCAAGGCUUAUGCGCCACAAGGAAACUCAGGAACUCGUCGCCAUGAAGUACAUCGAGCGUGGUCACAAGAUAGAUGAGAAUGUCGCCAGAGAGAUCAUCAACCACAGAUCGCUUCGCCACCCUAACAUUAUACGCUUUAAGGAGGUUGUGUUGACACCGACCCAUUUGGCGAUAGUGAUGGAGUAUGCAUCUGGGGGAGAGCUCUUUGAUCGCAUCUGCAGUGCUGGUCGAUUCAGUGAAGACGAGGCUAGAUACUUCUUUCAGCAGCUCAUCUCUGGAGUUAAUUACUGUCAUCACAUGCAAAUAUGUCAUAGGGAUCUAAAGCUGGAAAAUACGCUACUAGAUGGAAGCCCUGCUCCGCGCUUGAAGAUCUGUGACUUUGGUUACUCUAAGUCAUCACUCUUGCAUUCAAGACCCAAAUCCACGGUAGGAACUCCUGCAUAUAUCGCACCUGAAGUCCUUUCUCGCAGGGAGUACGAUGGCAAGUUGGCAGAUGUGUGGUCAUGUGGAGUGACUUUAUAUGUCAUGCUGGUGGGUGCAUAUCCUUUCGAGGACCAGCAGGACCCCAAAAAUUUCAGGAAGACAAUUCAACGAAUUAUGGCUGUGCAAUACAAGAUUCCUGAUUACGUUCACGUAUCUCAAGAUUGCAAACACCUGCUGUCUCGUAUAUUUGUUGCAAAUCCAACUAGGAGGAUUACAAUCAAAGAAAUCAAGAAUCAUCCAUGGUUCUUAAAGAACUUGCCAAGAGAACUAACGGAAACAGCUCAAGCAGCAUACUACCAGAGAGACAACCAGAGCUUUUCUGUGCAAAGCGUGCAGGAAAUAAUGAAAAUAGUGGGUGAGGCAAGAAACCCACCUCCACUUGCUAAGCCCCCCAAAGGUUUUGGCUGGAAUGCGGAUGAAGAUGAGGAAGGCAAUGAAGACCUGGACGCUGAGGUUGAUGACGAAGAGGAAAAUGAAGAUGAAUAUGACAAAAGGGUUAAAGAGGUUCACGCUAGUGGGGAGUUUCAUAUCAGUUGAACUGUAGUCAGGACUGACAUGGAAACCCAAAUGCAUCUGCAUAUGGCAAUCCUCACUUUGCAAACUUCUCAAUGAAUAAUUUUUUGAGAUUUUACAAUUGGCACUAAAAAGAGGAGAACCAUGUACCACUCUUCAAUCUCCUCAUUAAUAAUAUUACUAGUCAAACUUCCUCCAAAAUAGCAUCCUUUGCAAGGAU